CAAAGCAGAGCAUCCAAACCAGAGAAUCUAAACCAAGCAGAAGAUUACCAAUUAUUACAAAGAAUUCAGCAAAAUGGAUAGUGAAACACUUGUUAAGAAAAUAGGAAUCAGUGAGGAGCUCAUCAAGAAAAGUUGCAGCCUUUCAUGGGAGGAUCAGUUCAGUAAUGGGCUGUUUCAUGUUGACAAGAGCUCAUCGGAUGCGGUGUUCAUCGUCUUCCCCGGAUCAUGGACGGUCAAAGAGUGGUUUUCCGGCGACCAAGCUUUUGGAGAAACAAAGAUCGAUAGUAAAGAUUGGUCCAAAAAAGCCUUUCCUUCUAUGAGAAGUAUUGGUAAUGAUGAUGUUGCAAUUGUCAACCAAGCUUUUCUGGAAAGGUUUGAACUUGUAUUGAAGGACCCCAAGUUUGGAGAAGAGGUGACAUCGGCCGUGAACGGGAAUAAGCCAAUAAUAUUUACAGGGCAUUCUUCUGGUGGCGCAGUUGCUGUGCUUGCUACAAUCUGGUUCUUAGAAGCAGAGAGUUCGAAAGCAAAAAAAACUGGAACAGCCAAAUGUGUGACUUUUGGAUCUCCGCUUGUCGGUGACUACAUUGUUUCUCAUGCUCUUAAGAGAGAGAAAUGGUCUGAACACUUCAUACAUUUUGUCAUGAGAUAUGACAUUGUUCCUCGGAUUUUGCUUGCUCCUCUCUCAUCCAUUCAGCAAGAAUUAGAGCAUGUCCUCCAUUACUUCACUGCAAAUGGUCACCAUUAUCCACGUGAAUCAAUUGCCCCGGACUUUUAUACAAAUGUAAUGAGGAAUGCCUCUGCUCUCGCAAGCCAUGCUGCCUGCAAACUGAUGGGGAAUACUAAUUUGCUGCUCGAGACCUUAACAAACUUCACCAAACUAAGCCCUUAUAGACCUUUUGGGACUUACAUUUUCUGCACUGGGAAUGGGAAGCUGGUUCACUUGGACAACCCUGAAGCUGUGCUGCAACUCCUUUUCUUCUCUUGUCAGUUAAGCCAUGAAAACGAAAUGGAAGCAACAGCUAGGAGCUGCAUAAAUGCGCACUUGGACUAUGCAACUGAAUUAGGAAGGAGCUUGGAAGAGAAUGUGGUUUAUGUUGAUCGAUUGGAAGAGCUCCCCCUAGCCUCAGAUGGUAGUGCCUUGGAUGACCUUGGCCUGAGUACAAGAGGUAGAUUGUGCCUUCGUGCAGCGGGAGAGUUAGAGAAACAAAAACAAAAAAACCGAGAGCAGAUUGACAGAAAGAAGGCAGAAAUGGAAGAGGGAAUGAAAGGACUACAAGAGUACAGAACCUUCAAUGCGCAGAAAGUGGGAUAUUACGACGCCUUCAAGAAACAGAAUGAAAAGAGAGACUUUGAUGCCAAUGUGAGGAGGCUGGUACUGGCAGGUAUAUGGGAUGAGAUCAUCGAAAUGUUGAAGAGGUACGAUCUUCCUGACGAGUUCGAAGGUGAUGAAGGUUGGAUAGACCUAGGAACCAAUUUCCGGCGCCUUGUUGAGCCCCUUGAUAUUGCUAACUACUACAGACACGCAAAGAACGAAGACACUGGAGCCUAUAUGGUUAAGGGAAGGCCAAGGCGCUACAGAUACCCACAGAGAUGGCUUGAAAAGAAUAAAGAUUUGAAGAGAGAUAGCUGUGGAGAAUCUUGCUUUUGGGCAGAGGUGGAGGAGUUGCUCAAACUAGCUAGUAAUGGUGGUAAAGUUGAUGAGACUAGGGCUAAAGAACUACAGGAAGGACUAGCUCGAUGGAUUCAGCAGCAGGAUGUGGCAGGUGAGGAUGUGUUCUUGGGAGACUCCACGUUUCUCAAAUUGUGGGACGCACUCGGCCGUCUGAAACUCCAACAGGAAUCCAUUCGCACAUUGAUAGACACAGCCAAGUUCGCCAACUUAUCAGUUUCCUAAUUUGUGCCCGAGGAUGUGGGCGUUUGUUUCCUCUGUUGUUGGCAUUUGGUUGCGUUUGCGUGUUCUCCUUUCAUGUUGUGUCCCCUUUUGUAAUUUGCUCUUAUAUGUAUGUGGAUGAGUUGAUCCAUUAAAAUAAAUCCGCCUUGUAAUUUGCUUUU